AUGUAUGGCGAAGAGGCAUCAAAACUGGCGCGCGAAACCAAGCGGACAAUAGAUCACUUUCCACCCUAUAAUGACCCCCUCGUCCGCUCCAUCACGCGCGAGAUUCGGCACCUGCACGAAACCUGCCAAGCCCUCAUUCGUGAAUACGGUCUUCAAAAGCACCAGGUCGAAUCCGAAGUUGAACGACGAUGGCACGAACAGCAUAGCUCCUUUGCGUCAGCAUCAACACUCGCAGCAACAGGAACACAGGAGCAAGCAGGAGACACAGACACCAAUCACACGACCCUCGCCAUGCUUGAGGACCCAUCGCCGUCCAGUUCCACAGCCGUUCACUUGACUACAUCAUCACAUGCCUCCAUGAUGGGUCUUCAGGCACAGAAACAACAGGCGCUGCAAUCGCUGACAGAGAUAUUCUGGACAAAGUAUCUCGUCCAUAUGACGCCACUCCAGCGCAACAAGCGGAUCUUAAUGGCCUAUCAUUACCAGCGGAUCGAAAAGAUCAAGGAGCUCGCCUGGGCCUUCAACACUUUAUCAGAGUCCUCUCGGCGGUUACUCUCUCCAGACGAAAUUGUCUUCUUUAACGAAUACGAAAGACAAUGUAGAAACAAGUAUUCGAGUCAGGGCACAUUUGGAGAGAUCGAUCUGGGCCUCGGUAUGAUCUCGCCACCCAAGGAGGUCUUUAUUACGGUCAGGGUCAUAAAGGACUGCGGAGAUAUCGUUACCGAGAGCGGGGCCACGCUGAGUCUGAAGAAGAACUCGGAACACUUUGUGAAGCGGGGCGACGUAGAGCGGCUGAUUACCCAAGGCUAUCUUUUACACGUUGCUUGA